UUGCUUCCUUUAUCUUCUCUCUCUCUUCUUCUUCUUCUCAGAAGCUGAGUCUGUAGAUUUAGGGUUUUUUAGAUGCUCUUAGGCUAGUUACAUUGUGAGGUGUUUGAUAGGUAGGUUGUGUGGUUGUUGAAGAGGGGGAGAGAUCUAUAUUUUCAGGUAAUUUAACCAAAGAAAAUGGUUAUAUCUGAUGAGAACAAGAAUAACCCCACUUUGAUUAAACCCAUAAACUUACAAGAAAUGGGUAGCAGAAAGUUUGGGGUGGAGAUUAGGCCCAACCGAGGAGCCUUAAGCAUGAUUAAUCAAAAUGUAGCUCGAGCUCAUCCUUACCCUUGUGUUGUCAACAAGAAAGUCUUGUCAGGAACCCAUGAAAUUUGUGAUGAGUUACCUCCUCAUCCAGCUCAUAGACCAAUCACAAGGAAAUUUGCGGCACAGAUUGCGAGCACACAACAACAUUGUCUGGAGAAAACUAAGAAACCCGAUUCAUCAUCUGUUCAAAGCUUCAGAGUCUGGGAAGAUUGUCCAGUAAUAGAUGAGGAACAUAAGGCAGCUACAGACCACCCAGUUCCAAUGUCCUUGGAACAAACAGAAGCAGUCCCGGAUGAAGAGGAACAGAUGGAAGUUGAAAUGGAAGAUAUAUUUGAAGAGCCCGUUAUGGAUAUUGACAGCUGCGACGCCAAGAAUCCACUAGCAGUAGUCGACUAUGUCCACGAUGUCUAUGUCUACUACAGAAAAAUGGAGAGUUGUAGCGGUGUUUCAUCGAGCUACAUGUCACAACAAUCUGACAUCAAUGAGAAGAUGAGGGCAAUACUAAUUGACUGGCUUGUUGAGGUACACCACAAGUUUGAACUGAGGGACGAGACACUAUUUCUGACUGUUAAUAUUACAGAUCGGUUUUUAGCUCAGCAAGGAGUGGCGCGAAAGAAACUGCAGUUGGUUGGUUUGGUCGCAAUGCUCUUAGCGUGCAAAUAUGAGGAAGUUUUAGUACCUGUUGUGGAUGAUUUGCUUUUCAUUUCAGAUAAGGCCUACACUAGGAAAGAAGUUCUUGAAAUGGAGAGAUUAAUGCUAAAUACAUUACAGUUCCACAUGUCAGUUCCAACCCCAUAUGUUUUUAUGAGAAGAUACCUUAAGGCUGCUCAAUCUGACAGGAAGCUUGAGCUUUUAUCUUUCUUCCUGAUGGAGCUGUGCCUUGUGGAGUAUGAGACACUCAAGUUCGCGCCAUCUUUCUUGGCUGCUGCAGCAAUCUACACUGCUCAAUGUACACUCUACGGGUUUAAGCAAUGGAGUAAAACCUGCGAGUGGCACACUACCUACUCAGAAGAUCAGCUCUUAGAAUGCUCGAAACUGAUAGUAAGCUUCCAUCAGAAGGCAGCAACAGGGAGACUUACCGGGGUACACAGGAAGUACAGUACAUCUAAGUUUGGUUAUGCGGCAAAAUGUGAGCCUGCCAAUUUUCUUGUAGAGACUCAACAACAAUAGAGACAGGGCAUGUACAGCUUGCUAACUGUGGAUUUCAUUUCCGCGGGGUGGGGGUUGAAAUAAUUCAGCAUUUUAGGAAUUGAUUUGAUGAGUACUAAAUUUUUAAGCUUGAACCCAUAUGGUUGUGUUUACUUCAACCAAGGUUGUUUGCCAUGUUCAAUUUGAACAUACAUUGAACUCUUUUUCUGUUCCAUUCGAUAAUAAUUUCAAGAUUAUACAUUUUUUCCAUUCGAUUUCCA